AUGGAUUUUGAGUACACCUUCUGGCUCAUGCUGCAGCUGUGCAUAUCGCCAAAAACAGCUUACCGCCACACCUCGUAUCAGAAGCAGACCAAGAACCAGUGGGCGCGGGACGACCCCGCGUUUGUGGUCGUGUGCUGCCUGCUGCUGGCGGGCGCGUCGGCGGCCUACUGCGUCACCCUCUGGCACAGCCUGCUCAGCAUCCUGUCGGCAGUGGUGGUGGACUUCUUGCUAAUCGGCCUGGCCAUAUCCUCGGCUUCCUGGUUCAUAUCGAACCGGUUUCUGCGGAAACGCAACCUGCCGCACCACCAGGUGGAGCAGCACGUGGAGUGGCUCUACUCGUUCGACGUCCACUGCAACUCGUACUUCCCCCUCUUCCUCCUGCUCUAUGUCUUCCAGUUCCUGCUCAGCCCCCUGCUGCUGUGGCGCGCCUGGGCGCCCGCCGCGCUGGCGUGCGUGCUGUACGCGGCGGCCUUCAGCCACUACCACUACCUAAACUUCCUGGGGUACAGCGCGCUGCCGUUCUUGGAACGCACGGAGGUGUUCCUGUGGCCGAUCGGGCUCAUCUGCGUCGCGCUGCCGCUGGCGGUGCUGUUUGGGUUCAACCCGACGCGGUUCGUGCUGUCCAUCUACUUCAGUUGA